AUUUUUCGUAACCUGUAACACUUUUCUAGAAGACCCUUUUCGGUUCAUAGAGUUUGAUGGAACUGCAACAAAAAAAGGGGGAAAAGAUUUAACCCACUGCCACAUCUGAAUGUCUGAAUAAACUCGCCGCAGACUAAACGCACUGCAGUGAUUUUCCUUUUUUAGUGUUUGUGAAUGACUAAUUCUUCUAACAGCCGAGUGUUUGAAAGUUUCCAAACUGAUCCUAAAAAAGAAAAAGAAAUGAUGCCUUCAUGCUCUUAACUCACCGGAUUAUUGUUUCCCCUCUGAAGCUCUUGGCAGCACUUUGUUUUCCUCCAGGAAUGCCACACUUUCCAAAACAAUUCAGUCUGACUCAGCAAAGCGUGUUCAGAGCCUUCAAAAAGGAUCCUUUUUUUUUUUUUUUUAAACCCUCCAUUUUUAAACUUUUUUCUUUUUCUUUUCUUCCCCAGUUUAUUUGGAGCAGAAUAAGGGAAACCAGUCUUGUGUGGAUGCGCUCUUGUUUCUCUCCUGGAUGUCUUGCAAAAAGUCAGUUUUUGUGUGUGAUGGUGACUGACGUGUGUGUGUGUGUGUGUGUGUAGGUGCUGUGUUCCUGUUGCCUCCAGACUGCAGGGGUGGGUGGGGGGUUUCAUGUGCCCUCUGUCUGCUCCCUGAACCCUAAAAACCCAGCUCUCUGCUUUUGGUUAGCCAGGAAUGUCUGCUCGCCUUCGCUUUGUCCAGAUCCUUUUGCCCAAAAAGCUCUCCAACCCCCUUCCAUCUCCUCCUGGAGCCCAUGCAGCGACUCCGGGAGCAGAAAAGCCAUUAAAUCAAGUUGAGCUGGGUUUAGCCCACAUGAGCAAAUAAGCUACUGUUUAAAAAGCAUGUCUUCGGGUGGCAUUGACAAAAAAAAAACGACAAUGUUUGCAUUUACUUGAACUCGGGGGAACGCGUUGAGGGUGUCGGUGACGGCUUUUUACGGCGUGUUUACAAGAGGAGCCGUAAACGUCUCGGCCGAGGACAUUCGGUCCGUCUGCUGAGGAGCGAGAGGAAGGGAGUCUUUCACCUCUUCUGUUCGUGACCUUUUUACGGGCCCUGAACUCCACACACACACACCUGCUGUCCGGGGCUUGCACCACCAAGCAUGAAAAGUUCUCUUUUGACCAGUGAGAUUACAACAAUCCUUUUUUUUUUCUUCUUCUUAAGUUCCUGGCAGGAGAGACACCGAAGCGAUACUUCAUCAUGUGCGUGUGACGGUUCGUUCAAUUUGCCAUUUUUCUUCUCGUCGUAGAUUAAUUCUGUCCUUGGUGAAAGUACGGUGGGAGAAAUAUACAAAUGGGUGUUUAGAAGAAGUGCAAAAUACAAUAGGAGGAAGAAAUAAUUCCUAAACACUGAGUUGGAGCUUCGUGGAGAACUCUGAUUCUUGGUCUCUCACCUCCUGUUUGCAAGGACGAGGCGUAUCUAGCUGGUGUAGAUUUACCAGGCGACCUGAUAAGUGUGUUUAUAGUUUGAUUAAACAGAGGUUGAAACACCCUUUUUAGAGGUCAAACAUAAGCGUCCUGUGUUUUUGAUUACACUGACGUCUAAUAUGAGCGCUUUGGUUCCUCCCUGAAGAUGCUCCUGGUCGGCGAGCAGUGUUUUCAUAACGGGUCGUGUCCUCCUGAGCGCAGGUGGAACCGACGGAGGCUGAAUAUCGGAUCACAAGACGAGUUUCGGUGGAGGAAAUGAUGUUUUUAAAGGGACCUCAUCGAGGGUCAGAAGGGCCUUUUUUGGUGGGGGGGGAUUUGAGCACAUGCGUUGUAUUCAUUGAAACAACCGGGCCACAUAUUGGUGGGGUUUGUAAUUAUAUGGUGGGUAAAACAGAUGUCACCUGGCAGCUGGACGCGUUCCCACCUCCCCAGGUGUUAAUUUCAGGGUCACGAGGUCCGACUGUCUUCUCAAACAAUCGAGCGUUCCCACACGGGAGGUUUUCUGAGAUAACGAUUGGAUGUCGCUGUGGCCAUCCCUCCAUCUCUCUUUUAAAAUGCAGCGAGGGAAUCGUCUUGACUGACUUUUUUUUUUUUUGUUUUCAAGAUCUGAGAAGUGUUUCGAAGGCCUGUAAUUUCCUCCUCGUCUGGAAUCUGGAUCCAGCCAAAUGCGAAACAUGUUUUCGUAGCUUCUCGGUGUAGCCGGAGAGUAUUUUUAACACGAAGGCUCUGUGAUAUUUUUCUCCGGGUUCUGGGCCGCCUCGUGGCGAAGGCUUCCGAAAGGUGCCAAAUGGAAGAAGGCUUUCGUAAAAGGAAUGGAUGAGUAACCUGGCGAGUGCGGGCCUGAGCAUCGCGCACUAAUGCGAGGAGACGUGUCUACAGAUGCUCGACAUGGCCACAGCCUUGUCCUGUUCCAAUGAGUCAUGAAGCGCUGGUUAUUUUCUCAACUACACCCUGUUCUCUUUGGCGUAGGCAUGCGGAAGGUAGAGGCUCCAUUUGUGUUGGUGUCUUAUACCAUUCGCGUUAUUGUGGCGUUUUAAAAGUCCAGAUAUUUAACCAAUCUGGUCCUGCAUACCUUUUUUGUUUUGCUGUAUUUAAUUUUAGUGCUCAAAUGGGCUUCAAGACGGUUCUCUUUCGGCUGGAUUUUUUUCUUGUAAAGUUAUCAAACUACAAUACAGAGUCUGACUUGUUUCAAAUGAACCUGCAGAACUCUAAGUCAAGCUUUUCUGCACCUGCUCGGUUCUCCUCUUUUAUGUGGAGGCCGAGUUAGGGUAUCAAACUGUGCUUCUUAAAGAGCUUAAAGCGAUAACCUCUGGCUCUGGGAAUGCGCCCCUCGCCAUCAUAAGUGGCUCCGGCUGAGCAGGUCGGGGUGCCGCAAGAACGUGGGUUCACCAAACCGCCACCGGGGCCCAAACGGGCCCGAGCGUGUGGUGUAGUUUCCACAUGGAUACCUGCAUGUCUCGAGAAAUCUGUAUCCGAUUACAACAAAGCAUGUGGCUGUGUUUAUUCCUGAGCCCUGCGGUUGCGGUUUACCUUGCAUGGCUGUAUUUGCUCUUGCAUUCUUUGUGAGAGUGAGAGAGUGAGAGAGAGAGAUUCAGUUCUGCCUCUGGGGUUUAAAAAAAAAAAAGAAUCGUCUGAAGGCAUAUUUCCAUUGUAGAAUAUCGAGCCGAUUUUUUUAAUUUAAUGGAUUAAUCAGUUGGUCUGUAAAAUAUUCAGAAUGAAUCACUAUUUUAUUAGUCCAAGGCGAUGUCUGGUUUUGUCCAUCCAACAGUCCAAAUAUAGAUAUUCAGUUUUAACAUCAAAAACCCAGCAAAUAAGGCUGUGAAUUAAAAACAUUUGAUGAACAAAAAUAUUUAGUUUCAACUUUAAUAUCAAACUGUAGCCGACUAAACGACUAAACGCUGCUUAUAGUCCGUUCAUUCUAGUUUACGCAGUACAAAAACCACAUGUUUGCAAAGCAAUUACCAAGUCACGGCAAUUAGGUGGGUCAUUAAAAUGUCAAAAGGAAGAUAAAACCAAAGAGUGAAAGUAUUUUUAUUGCCCGUGACAUCAGCGUUAUUUCUUUUUGUUCUCUUCUUCCAGAGCUCGCUUAGCUCCCCGGUCCUCUCGGCACCAUGAGUUGGAGCUUCCUCACGCGCCUGCUGGAUGAGAUCUCCAACCACUCCACCUUCGUGGGCAAGAUGUGGCUGACGGUGCUCAUCGUCUUCCGCAUCGUGCUCACGGCCGUCGGCGGCGAGACCAUCUACUACGACGAGCAGAGCAAGUUCGUCUGCAACACGCUGCAGCCCGGGUGCGAGAACGUGUGCUACGACGCGUUCGCGCCGCUCUCGCACGUUCGAUUCUGGAUCUUUCAGGUGAUCAUGAUCACCACACCCACCAUCAUGUACCUGGGCUUCGCCAUGCACAAGAUCGCCCGCAUGGAGGACAGCGAGUACCGGCCCGUCCGCAGCAACAAGAAGAAGAGGAUGCCCAUCGUCAGCCGCGGGGCCGUUCGGGACUACGAGGAGGCCGAAGACAACGGCGAGGAAGACCCCAUGAUCGCCGAGGAGAUCGAACAAGACAAACCCGACAAGGCAGAAAAAAGCUCGGAGAAGAAGCACGACGGCCGGCGGCGGAUCAUGCGCGACGGCCUGAUGAAGGUCUACGUCGGCCAGCUGCUUUGGCGCACUUCCUUCGAGGUCGCCUUCCUGUUCGGCCAGUACGUCCUGUACGGCUUCGAGGUGAUACCCUCCUACGUCUGCACCCGGGUGCCGUGCCCGCACACCGUGGACUGCUUCGUGUCGCGCCCCACGGAGAAGACCAUCUUCCUGCUGGUGAUGUACGUCGUGUCUUUCCUCUGCCUGCUCCUCACCAUCUUUGAAAUCAUCCACUUGGGCGUCGGCGGCAUCCGCGACAACUUCCGCUGGCGGGCCACGCUGGGCUCUCGCGCCCCUCCCCCGUCGUCCUCUCGCAUGGCGCCCACCGCGCCACCGGGGUACCACGCCACCAUGAAGAAGGAGAAGCGGAAGGGAGAUCUGAGGGACUCGCCGAUCGUCGACUCCGGCCGGGAGAGUUUCGGGGACGAGGGGCCCUCGUCCAAGGAGCUGGAGCGGUUGAGGAGGCACCUGAAGCUGGCCCAGCAGCACCUGGACCUGGCCUACCAGGCGGAUGAAAGAAGCCCUUCACGAAGCAGCAGCCCGGAGGCCAACACGGCCGCACAGUCGGCCGUCGAGCAGAACCGCCUCAACCUUGCCCAGGAGAAGCAGGAGGAGGCCAGCGAGAAAGGUAAUGAGCACUCGUAUAACGGAGAAUGGAAUAUCAUUUUUAUUAGAUUUUUACAUAGUUAAGGCCAUAAAUAUUAGUCCAUAAACAGACUGGAAAGUUGAUAAUUUCAGUUCUAAGCUAAAUAUAUUCACGAGUUUUAAGGAUUUACUACUUUUGGGUGUUCUUGUGGGACUGAACAGGGAAAAUCAUUCAUACCUUUUUGUGUUGAGUGAACAAUUUGAAGACAAUGAGAACGCUUAACCUAAAUUGUCCUAGAUGCAAACUGUUUUGUUUUAACAAAAGGUUCUAGUAGUACAUUUUUGAACUGGGAAUGGGUUAAAUCAAUUAUCACAACAUAACAGGUCAGUGAAACACUGUUACCCGUCCUGGUAUUGGCUUAAAGUGAACAAACAUGCUGAAUCUGUGUGUGUGUGUGUGUGUGUGUG